CUUUAUAAACGUCCCCGCCCUCGAUUUCUCAACCAAGGUCUCCCGGUCAAAGAUGCGAUGAUGACCGAUAAGAUCAACAACGGUACUGCGCGGAAGAAGUUACGCACAAAGACUGGCUGCUUUACAUGUAGACAAAGACGCAAGAAAUGCGACGAAAAGUCCCCAAUCUGCGACUUGUGCCGAUCUUCUGGGCGAAGAUGUAUAUGGCCGUCACCAAGCGAUUUACUCGAUCGUCGUUACUCUCACCAUUGCGAUUCACGGCACCAAGAUCGGAGUUUGAAAGAACAGCUACAACAACCCGAAGAUGACGUUCGGAAUUCCUUGAUACCCGGCAGCAGCAAUCACCCCGUACAUAGUGCCCUCUCUUCCUACAGUUCAUCAACUACUUAUGAGACGGAUUCUGUUUGUCCAUUGGACCUCUUAUCGCAAGCCGCCACAGUGCACCGGGUGCUCUCUAACCACCUAGAGCUCCGCGUCUCCGACCACUUCUCUGAUAAAUACUUUUCCCUCCUACUACUACCGGACUGCUACCGCGGAUUCCACGACGGCUGGCUUACUGAAAUCAAGCAGCUCAUGGUGACUCACAAGAGCUUAUACUACUCAGUCCUGGCUUGUGCUGCAUCACACAUAUUUCUCACCGACUCCGUGUGGGAAAUGCAUCCUAUUGCUUUGUCCUAUUACGCUGAAGGGGUGAAAGAACUCCAGCUUUUGCUUGGGAAAGUUUCUCAAUAUGAGAACCACGACGCGCUUCUCAUGUCUGUCAUGCUGCUCUAUCUCCACGGGUGCCUAGGAUGGGGCACGCAUAGUGAUGUUGCACAGCACGUCAAUGCUGCGACUCGUAUAGUCACUUUGAGAUUGCUUGACAAGCCGGUCGGCAUUCAACGACUGUUCGACAGACUCGCCCUCGAAAGUGUCAUCUACCAGCAGUUCCUUCUCUCAACAGGCCUAUGGUCAGAAAGCAGUCAAUGUGACUUUGUGUUCAACCCGGAUUUCUGGGAUAGUGUUGAGAAACUUCUCGACAGGUCCACACUCUUAUCGGGAGCGCCUUGGAAUGUUGAAAGCCCUAUCUUAGGGGUACCGUUGUCUUUCUUUCGUACCACCAUAAUCUUACGGGAAUGCUACCGUUCAGGUGUUAGUCUGGAUCCUGCAGUCCUCAGCCGGAUACAGCAUGAGGUACAAGGCUGGGAAGCACAACUCUGCGAUCCGGACUCUGAAUCUAUUCACAGCUCCACUGAUACAGUUAAAAAGAUACGCAGCUCAACAACCAGGGACGAAACAUACUUAUAUGCGAUAGUUGCCUCUCUCCUGCUUGAACAGAUUACCGAGCAUGGAAGCAGAGGAACUAUACCAUCGGUGGUGUCCAGGGACAAGUGGCAGAUAAGACUGUUCUUACGAAUUCUCAACGGCCACCAAGGCAGCCGAGAAUGGGCCAGAUCAUAUGCGGGUAAUUGGCCAGCGUAUACCUUGGGAGUAUUUCUUUCUGCCCCUGAAGAUAGGCUGGUGGUGAAGGAAGAUCUCGAGAGGUCGUGGGAGGUUACAAGAAUGACCUAUGCCCUGAGGUAUUGCCGUGAUCUAGAUAUCAUUUGGAAGUCGAGAUAGUAGUAGGUGAUGAAUAUUCAGAAGAUAUGAUGUCAGACCGGGCACGCAGCAAAUAGUCAUAUGCUUUGCUGUUGCGCGCCAUCUCAUGAGAGAAGAAGACCCUCGAUAGGGAGUGGACUUUCGGUUAUUUAUCGAUAUAAGGGCGUUGGAGAGUAUAGCAACCUUUUUGCGGCGGCGGUCGUCAUCACUUGAAGCGCGACAGCAACAUCAUCAAGUCUGCGGAUAAUCUAGUGACAGACUGGGAGAGCUUGGACGUAAUGUAACAGCGAAACUGCAAAUCUGUCUAUUGCGUUUCGAAUUGACAUCUACCUAUCAUUUUAUGUGAACCUUCAUAAAUCACUGGUUUGAGUCCAAGUACGCAGGCCCGAUAUACACUUCUUCAUAAGACGAGAAAAUAAGUCGAGCG